AUGAAACUGAGUGGUAGGGAUGAGUAUCGUAUGUGGACAACACAGAUGCCAGCUGAAACCAGUAGUAUUAGUGUUUCCGGAAAGGAGAAAGUGGGUGGCCAUCAGACUCACUGGCUGUGGACACGAUCAGAUGCCCUAGUGAAUGGUUGGGUUCUUGGUUCCCUCUCUAAAGAAACACUUGUGUAUGUUCUGGAUCGUCUCACAGGAAAACUUCAUCAAGAGACAAAUGCAGAUCAUGAUUUCAGUGCAAAAGAUGUUUGGAAUGAACUGCAGAUACUAUAUGCUCCUCAUCCUUCUCCACAACUGCCUGUUGUUGAAGGGAUGGUCUAUCUCUUGUUUGUUAAUCUACCCUUUAUUUGGGUUGGAUCUUGGUAUCUUGUCCAAAGAAGAUUGAGUUAUGAAAGGGUUACAGUGAUAGAUAAAAUCAAAAAUAAUGGAAACACGACACUCCGUGUACCAGUCGGUACUUCCAAGAAGCAAGAAUUCUUAGAGAAAUUGUUGGAAAGGAUACCGGAGAACACACAACUAUUGGAUGUGAAAAAUUCAAAUGGAAGCAUGUUGCUUCAUGUCGCAACCAUUAUUGGCAACACUGAAGUUGCUGACAUCUUGGUGGCAAUAGACCCAGAGUUGUUGGCCAAAGACAAUGAAGGUCGGACACCACUAGCCUUGGCUCUUUCUAAUAUUCAUAUGGAGACUAUUGAAACAGCAACACCUAGUUUAUUAUCUAACGGAUAUAUACAUGUGUUAUGCACGCUUUUGUUAGGUCCAAUUUGUCUUUUUAUCUUCAUGCUGUAUUUUGCUUUACAAUUGAGCUUUGCAGUUUAG